GAACCUCUGUCUAUGCGAAGAAGGAGAGAGCUGCUAACUAACGACACACUCCGCUGUUAGCGUGAACCAUCAGUCACAACAAGUAACAGCAAAAAGCUUUAACGUUACAUUAAGCUCCGCUCGGGCAGUCGUGUACAUUUUGGCGUGACAAAUAACACAAGCCGUAUCCUGGUCGUCUGGAUUAAUCACAGCGAAGGUUUUGCAGGCUCUAGCUGUGGGUGGUGGAGAGCCUUGAGAUGCAUUCAUGAUCUCAAACUAUGACUUUAAGGUCCUCCGCCUUCUCCUUCCUGUGACAGAUGCUGGGGCCAGAGAUCAGUCUGUUCAACUGUUAGAGGUGACAGGGUGAGGACGGGGGAGGAGUGUCGGCUAGCUGUACUAGGUUUUGUCUCAUGAGAGUGACUGUGCCAUCCAGGCACUGCCAGUGACCAGGGCUGUGGCUGUGGUGGGCCCGGCCCAGGAGGCCUUUUUGUACAUCUUCUCAGGCCCCUGCUGACCUGUGCUGCUCACACCAUGGAUCAACAGAGAGAUAAAUAUGGCGAGCGGCCUGCCAGGAGCACUAAAGUUUCCCAGGGAAGCCGCAGCGGACACUCGUCCCGACCAUCUGGCUCCUCCAGCUCAUCUGGCGUUCUCAUGGUGGGGCCAAACUUUCGUGUGGGCAAAAAGAUCGGCUGUGGAAACUUUGGUGAAUUGAAGCUUGGUAAAAAUCUCUACACCAACGAGUAUGUAGCUAUUAAACUGGAACCAGUGAAGUCGAGGGCACCACAGUUGCAUUUAGAGUACCGGUUCUACAAAACACUGGGAACUACAGCUGAAGGUGUGCCCCAGGUAUUUUACUUUGGACCCUGUGGGAAAUACAAUGCCAUGGUUCUGGAGCUGCUGGGCCCAAGUCUAGAGGACCUCUUUGACCUUUGUGACCGGACCUUUUCACUGAAGACGGUCUUAAUGAUAGCUAUUCAGCUGAUUUCUCGAAUGGAGUAUGUGCACUCUAAAAACCUCAUCUAUAGAGAUGUAAAACCUGAAAACUUUCUCAUCGGACGGCAAGGAAAUAAAAAGGAACACAUCAUCCACAUCAUAGACUUUGGUCUGGCCAAAGAGUACAUCGACCCUGAGACCAAAAAACACAUUCCAUACAGGGAGCAUAAGAGCUUGACUGGCACUGCCCGAUAUAUGUCCAUCAAUACCCAUUUAGGCAAAGAGCAAAGCCGGCGAGAUGACCUGGAGGCCUUAGGCCACAUGUUCAUGUAUUUCCUUCGCGGGAGUCUACCGUGGCAAGGACUAAAGGCCGAUACGUUGAAAGAACGAUACCAGAAGAUUGGGGACACAAAACGAAACACUCCCAUCGAGGUCCUCUGUGAGAACUUCCCAGAGGAGAUGGCCACCUACCUGCGAUAUGUGAGACGGUUGGACUUCUUUGAAAAGCCAGACUAUGAAUAUCUGCGAACUCUGUUCACUGAACUGUUUGAGCGAAAAGGAUACACCUUUGACUACACUUACGACUGGGUUGGCAGGCAGAUACCCACACCAGUGGGGUCUGUCCAUAUAGACUCUGGAGCAUCUGCUGUGACGAGAGAGAGCCAUCCUCACAGAGACCGGCCCUCACAGCACCAACCAAUUCGAAAUCAGACAGCGGUCUCAGAUCGACGAGGAGCAUGGGAGGUGCAGCCCACACGCCAAGCAAACUCCUCCUAUCUGACCUCCCACCUGGCAGCGGAUAGGCACGGGGGCUCAGUGCAGGUGGUCAGCUCGACCAACGGGGAGCUGAAUGCAGACGAUCCACUGGCCGUCCAUUCCACACAGCCCAUUACACCUCAGGCAGAGGUGGAAGUGGUCGACGAGGCCAACUGCGUGAAAAUGCUCAACCUGUGGUGCUGCUGUUUCUUCAAGCGAAAACGGAAGAAGAACACGCCGAGGCACAAAUGAUCAUCCGCCACCGGCCUGAAACGCUCCAAGGUCCGGCUCAGUUGAUUGUGAUUUCAGAAAUCAAUAAGGUCCCAUUCAGAAUUAAAGAGGGAGACAACUGAAAGAUCUUGAUUGAAUUGCUCUCUGGAGGGGACCCGUUAAAAUGGUUUGUUGAGAUGUACAAGACGCUUGUGUCUUUUGAUGGGAGUCCCUUUUCACGUUUUCUUCUUUUUUUUUUUUUUUUCCUCUUCCAAGAUGUGUUGAAAUGUUUUGCAGGCCAGUCGUCCAAAUGGAAACCUUUUUAGUUGGAAUUCUGCAGAGGAUACUUUUUUUUUUAUUUAUUUUUUUUAUUCCCGAGACACCCAGCAUUUGUAUUUUUCUCUCCUCGUUUUUGACUUUUUGCUCCUGUUUCCCUUCUGUGGUAUUGCAAAGGAGAAGACAGAUCGACCUGUGGAAUCUUGCCACCUUCAGCCAGUUGCAUACUAUGAUUUCUUUGUUUGACUCACAAAAUCACGUUUUCAUUUCCCCUCUGUCAAGUCCCAGUUCAAAGUGGUUUACCCGUCGUUAAGUUUGCCAAACUCAUUUGGACACAAAGCCCUUUUGGUCAUUCCUGACGUGGGACUGAAUGUAAACCUGAACACGUGGGAAGCCAAGAGUGUAACUGCCUAUCCUCAGGCACAAAGAGCAUCAGUCUGCCAUUUGGCCCCUGCACUUUUUUCCUCCAAAGAGGCCAACCCUGGCACUGGGACCCGGGCCUGAGAGACCAGAAGACCAGAGACGCCUCCUGCACUGUGUUCUCUGAGGAUGAUUUCUGCUCACGCUGCUUGGUUAAAGCACUCCCCUUAACCACGGCGCCGUUAAAACACACUACAGUCGCUUUUGACUCACAUGCGGUUUUGCUCGUGUUGGCUUUGUGAUCAUGAGCAGCGACCUGACACUUGUACAUGGGGCUGAAAAACUAUAUGCUAUUUAUGCUAUUUAUCUCUUGGUUACCACCAGUUUUCUUACUAGUUCUAAAUCAUACACACUGAAUGUAUGGACAGAAAGGUAAAUGACUUUGGAGCAUUUAUAUAAUCUGUCAUGCGCAUGGGGAAGGAAAUUGCAGUUAAGGAGUUAAGACCAAUGUUUAAAAAAGAAAAAAAAAGAAAAAAAGUGAGGCCAAGAUGAGAGGACGGGAGGGUCUUACAUGUUCUUGAUCUUAAUGUGAUGGUUAAUAAUGGUCUCUACACCAGUAGACACUGGAGGAUGUUGCUUUGGAUUGACGAGAGAAACUGGCGUGAUGUGCUUUUGGAAAUUAAAUCCCAGCCUCUCAAACGCUGCUGUCCAAUGCCUUAACCCCGACCAGUCGACCACCACAUCACAUUACCAGUGCGAUAAACAAGUUGGCAGCAUGAUGGUUGUGAGGUUUGCAGUGCAAUUUAUUUUAUUUCUUUUAGGUCACCUGUAUAAUAAAGGCCAAAAUUGUGGACUGUU